GGAGACGGACGCCAUUGAUUCUUGAUUGACACUUCGAACGUGCCAUUGAAGAUUCGAAUCUGUCAGAGGCACAAUUUAAAAACAAUCAGUUGUGGUUGUCAUUUAAGGUUAUAUUUUCUUGUGCUUCAAUUAAAAAUUUGCAGUGGUAUCCAAACUGAAAUAGAUUUUAACUCAGGGCUUAAGUUUUAUGAAGUUAUUUAGUGACUGAUAUCAAGCUCAUCUUGCACUGGAGUUUGAUGAAUAAGCACAAAGGAUUUAAUUAAAUGAGUUUCAGUAUCUCGUUACCGAGUAAGAAUAAAAUACUGUAAAGCAAAUGUCCUGCAGUUACAAAAAUCAUUUUAAUGCCAUCCCGAAAUAUUAAUAAAAUAACAUGGGCUGAAAUGCAACAAAAUCCUGGUGUCGCUAUGGUAUCAUAUCCUGAAAAUAUCAAUUCCAGUGGUCAGCCUGCCAACAGUGCUCCUCCAGACCAGGCUGUCUUCGAAGCUGAUAAAAGAGCUGUUUACAAGCAUCCAUUGUUUCCCCUGUUAGCACUGCUGUUUGAACGAUGUGAGCAAGCCACUCAGUCAGCGGAGACUCCCAAUUCCGAGAGCUUUAACAUGGACAUACAAGCAUUUGUACAGCAUCAAGAGAGAGACUGCAAACCAUUUUUGAUCAAUGACUCUGAAGUUGAUGGCUUGAUGAUAAAAGCUAUUCAAGUACUACGUAUUCACCUGCUUGAAUUAGAAAAAGUACAAGAACUUUGUAAAGACUUUUGUAAUCGCUAUAUUACAUGUCUUAAAGGCAAGAUGCAAAGUGAAAACCUACUGAGGUCCGAUUACUCCACUGGCUUUGUUGAAAACAAUAACAACAGCCACUCAAGUAACUCAAACUCCCCGACUGUCUUCAGCCCACACAGCUUGCAGGUGGUGUCCCCUACAGGCUCGUUUGGAGGGUGCGAGGGAAGUUUUGUGAAGAGUGCAUCGAUGUUGGAGAUCCCUGGUCCCCAUCCGAGUCCCCACUACCCCUCCACUACCUCCCCGCCCUGCCUGUCUCCUUCUCCCAGCGUUGUCCACGGCAGCACUCCCUUGUCCCAGAUCGGAGCCAGUUGUCUUCCACCGACCUCGGACCUCAACUUGCACCAAGGUUCACUCUCCGCAACCAGUGGAGGUUCUGGUGAUGAGGAUGAUGAUUUGUUUGGAAAUAGAAAAAAACAGAAACGAGGAGUUCUUCCAAAACAAGCUACCAGUAUUAUGCGUUCCUGGCUCUUUCAACAUUUGGUGAACCCAUACCCCAAAGAGGAUGAAAAGAGAGAGAUAGCUGCUCAAACAAACUUAACAUUAUUACAAGUAAACAAUUGGUUUAUAAAUGCGCGACGGAGAAUCCUGCAGCCUAUGCUUGAUGCAUCUACUCCAUCAGAUGUUACAGGAUCCACUGGAGCCUCAACAGGAAACAAAUCAAGCAGUUCCAACAAACAUAAACCCGGAAGUAAUGGCACGCAACGCGUUUGGCCACCCAAUAUUUCAAAAGUAAACUCUGUUGACAAUACUGAAGAUUCAAGUUUGUUGAGUGGUGAAGAAUCAGAGAGCAGUGGAGGUGGAGAUGACAUGAGUGACAUUGGCAAACCUCACAGUGAAGAUGACUCCUCGGAGCAAUAACAGCUCCAUCAUUAUGGACUUUUAAAAGUUGCUCAGGAGACCGCAUUUGCGAUGGCUACAAACGCCAUGUCUCUACUUAGUUUAGUCCAUAUACAUAGAUUAAGCUUUGAUGCAAUAUAUUUUCUGUUUCUGGAUUGGGUAUGAGCGUAAAUAAAAUGUUCCUUCCUGUUAACUUUCUUAACGUAGGAUUAUAGUGGGUCAUGUGAUAACGGAGUUAGUUCCAGUGUUACCAGGUGUGUAAGUAACCUACAUUACAUUGUUGUCAGUUGCUGCAUUCUUUUUAUCUGUGUUUAUUUUUAUGUUAAAUAUACAAAUCAAGUAAGAGUUUUUCACUGAUGUUUGCUUUUAUUGAUUGAGUGUAGCACAUUUAGUUUUAAUUUAAAUUUGCAUUGUUAAGUGUACCCGCUAAUUUUUCUAGACUUACUAGUUCAAUUAGUUUAGAAAUAGAUUUCUUCAUAAACUUAUCAAUGUGAAUGGUUGAGCGCCUGUUUAAUUGUUUAGUUUUAUUUGUAGUUAACAAGGAAGACCAAAUUUUGAAACCAAUAAGUGUGUCUUCCAUAUGUAUGUUGCUUACAUUGUUUAGCACUUGAAUUUUAGUGCCAUGUUUCGGGACUGAGCAGUCUAACAUUAUAUAUCUAGUUUCAGAAUGAUGAGAGUUUGCAAUUUGAAUUUAAAAUAACAUUGAUUUACCCAGUUCAUACAAAUAUUAUUGUAAAAUAAUUAUACAUGAAGGAGUGUAAGUAAUGGUAAUAACUUACGAUUUGUCAAUGCUGUUAGAUUUAUAACCCAAUGGAGAUAAGGAAUUACCUGUUUAUGCCACUGAAAUGUAUGUUUAUCAAUAACUUACAUUGUUAAGAUACUGUAAGUCAAUUGUGUUGUCAUGAUUGUUAUUUAUGUAGUCAUAUUGGUGUUCUUUAAUAGUAAAUAGACACAGUCCUACAAAACAUUAAGUGUAAAUGUUUAAAUGAAGAUGUGUAAUAAUAUCAUUGUGCUAAUAUAAUUAUCUGCGUGUCUUUAAAGUAUCAUAUUGUUAAAUACUGAAUUACACAUACUUAUUAAACUAAUCUGAUACCAUUUGUAGUACAAAAAGAACUACAAAGUGUUGCAAAUAUUGAAAACAAAACUGUCUAAAUUAUCAAACAAUUGCUGCUGUAAAAUCCUUCUAAUCAACAAACUAAUGCAAUGAGUAUUUUAUUUUGUCCAAUUGUAUUUCUUGAUUCAACCAACUAUUUUGUUCUACCCUAAACAAUUUGAUAAUAGAUGCAGCUUAAAGCCAGUGGUGUGGGUUAUGUUUUACAACUAAAUAAUUUUAUUUAGCAAACAAUUGGAAUUUUAACCAUGAUUGGUAGACACUUGUGAUACCAAUAAAAACAACACACAGCUGUUAGCUGUUAAAACACUUAACUGUGAUUGGUAGAUCACUGCUGCUUCUGUAGUGUUAAAAUAUGUGUGGCCAAGAGAAAGUAUGUAAAGGACAGAGAAAAUUCAAAAACUAAUUUUGUCAUUUAAUAUCCCAACUUGUCUUGAUGCUUCAGCUUUAAAAUGUUCUGCUUUAAAUGUUGUUUCAAAGCCGUUGCGUUAUAGAUUGUCUUUUUUCAUUCUUUCCAUGCUUUCUCUCAAUGCUGUGAUAUCUGAGAGAAGAACCUAUAACAUUUCUUCCAGAACCAUUUUUUGAGUUUCCAAGUCACUCUCAUUUUUACUUAGCUGUCAGAGUUCAAUAUCGCUUUCUAAAAGACACUCACUCAAAGCCAUUAUUGUUUCUUGCAUAGUGUUCAGUGUAAUUUCAUGUUUUUUGCAAUUCAUUCUGCAGUGUUUUAAUGCUUCUUCAAAAGUAUUUGCUUUUUCUGGCAGUUCAACUAUUGCUAGUUUCUUAACUAAAUCAUACUGUACUAAUUCAUCUCUUUGCUUCUCAACUUUGCACAAUUCUCUAUACAUGUAUUACAUCUCUCAUCUGCUUCUUGAAUGUCCUUUAAACUACGUUUUCUUUUUCAUUUAAAAAUGUAUUUAAAUCUUUAAUGGUUAAAAAAAUGUCAUCAUUUUGUUGUGCAUUUCCUGUUUUUAUGUCAAAUUCAGGAGAAAAGAAAUAUACCUGAGUCUGAAAAUCAACUUGAACUUUUUGAUGAGCAUCAGAAAAUUCAAGCUCAAAGUUUUCUACUUUAGUGUUCAAACUUCUUCAAGAUUAUUUAUCCAGAUUCUGUUGCAAUUUCUAAAUAUAACUCUUAUAACCUUAUUAUUUCUUGUGAAUACUUCUUGUUUUCCUCUCAAAGAGAUUGUGGAUCUCUCUCCAAGUCUAAGUAAUCAUCAUUUAUUGGAACAAUAACAUUAUGUUUUUCUGCUAAUAUAAACGCAAUAUCCUCUUUUCAUCUUGUAAUGCUGAAAUCUCUUCACUUAGUAUAUCAAUUAAUUAUAUAUAAGGCUUAAGUUUCCUUUGUACAAACAAUAUUAUAUUGUAUGUAAACAUUAAAUGGCCUCAAUUAUUGCUAAUAAAUAAUAUUAACAUUUCUUAGAUAUAAGUUUAAUUUAUUAAAUGAAUUAGGUUUUAAAAACAUAUUCAUUUGUAUUUCUUCAAAAUUUCAAAAGAAAACCAUACAAAAUAUGUAUAAUGUUACACUGCUCAUGUCUAUAGAAAGUGAAACCAGUGUAUACGUAUUAUAAAUAACAUAGUAUACCAAAUUUGUAUACGACAUAGAUUAAGUAAAAGGUAAAGUCUAUUUAUCGAAUAGCUUCUGUCUUCACUCUAGUCUGCCUCUAUAAUAUAUGUCCUUUUUCCUUUACAACAUUCGUUUUUUGCCCAGCUAUUAAAUGUGUACAUUAACUGUGAUUAUAAUGAUAAAUGUGUAUACGAAUUAAUUUUAGGCCAGAUAAAGUUAUAUUCUGUCAGGAUAAUCCAAGUAUCUUAAAUUUAAGAGUUAAAUUAAGUUGUAGUUAGACAAGUUGAAAGUGUGAUUUGUUGUGUUAUAAGUAAGUUAAGCUAGCUAAGAAGUAGUCCCUUCUAAAUAAUGCAGGAUCAAUUAAGUCCUUUUGUAUGGACUCUUUGAAUUUUAAAACUAAUCAUGAGGUAUUUGCAUAUAAAGUUAAGUAUACCAACUGUCAGAAUGGCAGUCACAAUUAAAAUUUCAAGCUUGUUACCACCUUGGAUUUAGAUUUUCCAUUGUUAAAUGCUCAUAAAUUUUAGGUCGGGAGAAUUGAUUAUAAUGUUUGUUAUCAAAUGAUUAAUUAUAAUCACAUAUUUUCGUUUUGGUUUUAUAUAUUGGAUGAAUAUUCAGAAUUUUAAGACAUAAUAAUGGCAAUAGCAUUAUGUACCUGUUACACCCACAAGUUAUGAGUUAGUAAUUGAAAGUACAAUAGAAAUAAUGUCUUCAUAAAGUAAAUUAUAAAUAAUCCAACAUAAACACCAUAAAUCCUACUUAUCAUGCUCGAUUUUGUCAUGGACAAUUAUAGUGAAAAUCAGUGCCAAAUGAAAUAAUUUUACUAUACAAAACUUGUGUGACUAAUUCCACAAAAAAGUAUAAUUGAUUCAAGAAAUAAAAAUCUUUGGGAACAAACACUUUGUUUCAUAUUUAAAUUGGGAUUACCCAUUAAUAAUACUGAAUCAAUUUAUAUUUGUGUGUUAGUUAUGCAGAAAACUCAAUGAAAUCAUUACUGCUAGGUUUAGCUUUAUAUUUUGCUUGAAAUUUAUUUUUAGGUUUGCUCUAACAUGCUUAAUCAUUAAUUUUUUUGGUGACACAACUAAAAUGUACCUGAUAAAUGUGAAAUAAACCAAUAUAGGUAUAAUAAUAUUGAACAACUCUUUUUAAACUUCCUGAUUAUUACUUACCACCAGGUUAAUGUAAGAAAGCACCUAAUGACCUAACUUAGGUUGGUAAAAUAAAGAGCUCCUGUAACUGUUCAUUAUUCUGUGUAGUGUCACAGUUUUUUACCAUAGUUUUAUGGAAACACACAAAAAUGUAAUUUUUAAUGUUUACACUAUAUGUAAGUGAAAUCUUGCACAUCCAUAUAAGAUAUAUUAAGUAUAAUUUUGUUUGUUAAUCUUCUCUAGUGAAAAGUCCACUAAAGUCAUUGCAAAUAUUAUAGAAAGCAUAUAUCAAACUGCAAAUAAUAUGUCUAGAUGAGAUAAGAACAGUUACUUAACUGGCAUUAUGAAAUUGCGACCAUUUAAAGCUGUAAAAUGCUACAUAACAAAUUAACCACACAAUUUUGUAUCUAUAGGUUAUUAGCAAUUGGACAUAAAAUAUGAAUAAAUAUGAUUUAUCUCUUUCUUUCCUAUUUUUCGUUGGCUGUAGAAUAACUGAUUUGAGCCUCCCAUACACUCUCAUUCCUAUAAAGUUGAAAAUACAGCUGUAAUACAAGUAAUAGUUCUAUAUAUACGUAGCCACUACAAUUUUGAGAAUAAAUAUACAAGGUUUUGUCCAAUACAAACAGGUCUGACUCUCAAAAAUUUCCAAAGGAAUCAUUGACCUACAGUUGGUAGAUGUAGUAAGUAGCAUGUAUUGUUAGGGGGAGGGGAGAACCGACCGCAAAGAUCCCUUUACGCUAGGUGGGUUCCAUGUCUGUUAUUGGAAGAUCACAAGUGACAUCGAUGUAGCGGUUUUGCGUCGGCUCUUCAAUUGAUUUCAACAUAAAGAGAGGCCUUUUUUAAACGGAUUGUUGCACAAGUUUGUUGUACGAAGCACAAAUUAUUGUGAAGUACGGGUUGCCACAAACUUCAUGUUGAAAGAAAAGGAAGCAGCAGUUGGCCAAAAAUUUAUUUAUUUUGCACAACAACACCAGAGCAUAUGCAGCUAACAUCACAAGUUAAAAAUUGGUUGUAUUAGAAUGGCAAACAAUGGAACAUCCACCCUACAGUCCAUACUUGUCACCUUGUAAGUUUUUCAUUUUUAUGGACUUGUCAAAGAAGUGCUUGGAUGCCAGAAUUUCAAGGACAAUGAAGCGGUGAGGGUGUUUGUGCUCCAAUGGCUAAGAGGCGUCUAUGUAGUUAUUUUACCAUGAUAGAAAAAAGAAGUUCCCUAUCUGAUGGGAAAAAAAGUAUUUCAAGGGUGACAGAAUAUGUAGAAAAAUAAUAUAUACUGUAUUCAUAAUUUUAACCAAAUAAAGUUCUAAUAAAAAAUGCAGUUCCAUUUUAUAUUUGAUACACCCUUGUAUAUGAAUUUGAAUUAUUAUCCUCUAAUCUUCCAAUGCAUUAAAAAAAAAUGAUAUUAUUCAAAUGUCAUUCUGGACAUUCUUCAGCCAUAAUACCUCAGUUGUGACAAUAUAAAGAAAAAAAUUUCUUAUUUUACCAGCUGAAGUUAGGACUAAGAAGCCCUCUAACACAACCUGGGAACCAACGACUUAAAGGUAACUUUAAAAGGUAAUGACCACCAAUCGCAAGGCAGGGGGGUUAUAUAUUGGUGUUUGUUAUACACAAGCAGCAUGAUAUAAUUCAAGUGUACUAAUUGAGUCACUUUAGAUUUCUGUGAUAUGAUGGGAAGGGAUCAUUACCAUGGAAGGGAUGUAACAGUGCAUAGCAUUACUUUUAAUGUAUAAAAUGCACUUUAUAUAAAACAAAUACAGUCGUCAGCCAUUAUUACACGUAACUAACAUGUUGAUAUUACCCUUCAUAGUGAUCUAGCGUAUAAGAAAUUUAUCAUUUAAUCGUACCAUUUACAUUUGUGAAGUUAAAAAAUAAAUUCUAUUUUUAAAUAUCACUUAAAAAAUGUGUUUCUUGAAUUGAGUCAUCCCUAAAUUAUUUUUAAUAUUUAGGCACACAUUAAAAUUUUAUACUGAAAUUCUCAUGCCCCUAUUCAUGUAUGAGAUGAGGUUAAAAAUUAAGUGGACUGAGGCUGAAAACAAUUUGAAUUCAUUCUUAUCUACAAUUUUUGCGAUAUGCCCCUUAAAAAUAGCUCAGUUCUGCAUAUUUACAAGAUUUCAUACGUGUCCUCCAUUAUACAACAUAGGGCUUGAAGCAAUUUUCGGUAUGAAUGAUAAUUAUCACCUCAACAUAUGCUUAAAAAUACUCAACUCAAUCCUAUCAGCUGAUUUGACUUUGACCAACAAAAAUAUCAUCGAGAAUUUAAUCAGAUUAGUAUAGCGGGUGCUCCAGUACUGGAAUGGUAUGUUUGACCCAAAAUUUCUUGACAGGCAUAAAAUUGUGGACUGUGUAUUGUAUGGUGUUUGAAGUAUUCAUGAAUUAUUUUUCACUAAUUACCCUGUAUUUUCUGCACUACUCAUGCUGAGUAACCAUAACCCUAGUAUAGUAGUUUUAUUUUACUUUUGACACUGAAAAUCUGCCCCCCGACAAACACAAGAUACAACUUGACCCCGUCAACCCCGACGGGAUGACAAACUUUGACAUUGAUCUGGUGCUCAAACACUGAUUUUCUUGUACAAUUUAACAAUUUCUCUGAUGCAUUAUUAGUUCAAUUGGUCUACUACACCACUCAAACACCUAUGAACUAAUCACUGAAAUGUUGUUAAUAUUCAAAAUGUUUCCGUUAUGGUGGAUUAUUAAUCAGAAAUUUCACAUUGACGUUUCUUGAGGCUUUUAGCUACUGGUAGUAAAGGACAGAGAGCAGGGAAGACCAAAACUGGAGUUAAGAUUAAUGGGGGAUAAGGGAACUUGCAUUACAAUCUCAAUCUUAAGAAAUUUGGUUAUUAUAUUGCCACAUUGUAUGUAUUUAAGUGUUUAUACUGUGUGAAAAAUACAUGUGGCCAUUUCCACACUCUGAAUCUACACUCAUUAUUAAAUCAAAUUUCUUUGUUAAUUUGGUCCCCUGUAUUUUCACAUUUAAUAUAUACUUAGAAAGUUACUUUCAAGAAUACAAAGUAGAUUCUAUUUUUUUUUACUUCGCUACAAAUUAAACUUCAAUUCCUGUUCUUUGAAAUCAUAAGUUCCAUAAUAAAGAAAAAAAUAUUUUAUUUAUUUCAGCCACAGGACUACAGAAUGGUACAUUUAGAAGGAAUUGCUCAAGCUUGUCAGUAUUUGAUUUAGUUUGUUACUGUUAAGUUCGUUAUUGUUAAUUUACAUUCUUAUUUGUAUUUUUGUAAGUUGUAUAAUGUGCAUUCUGAUGGGUUUUUUAAUGUUCAUAAAGUUUAAGUAUGUUUAUCUGUAUUGGCAGCUGGAUUAAACGUAAUUCUAUUUAAUUCAAACCGAUCUUCAACAUCUUUUCUAUAAUCUGAUUUUAAAGAAUUAAUAACAAAGAAAUGUAUGUUUUGAUGAGCAGCUGUCUUGUAGGUGUAAUAUAUAACAUGAUGUAUAUGGUUUUGACAAGUUUUAUUAUCAACAUUGUACAGUUUUGUAAUUUUGUCCUUGUAUACAGAUAGGUUAAGACUGACAGCUGCUCGCUCAUUAAUUACAUAAGAUUGUUCCAUUUGCUUUGUGUGCAUUUUGAAUGAAAUGUCUGUGAGGGUGUGAGGACCAUUGAGUUAUUUGUUAAUUAAUUACAGUGCUGUAUACUUACAGUGUAUAUGACCUAAUUACAUUUAUUCAAAGUAAAUGUUAUUAUAGCUCUCUCAACUUUU